AUGAUUGUUGACAUUGAACCAAAAGUGCUUGGCCUGCAACGAAACGAUACUAUAACUGACUCAAUUGAGCUUGUACAGCGUCUAAAAGCAUGUCCUGAACCUCAUUUCAAGACCAUUCAAGCCGUUGAGCGUUGGCGACAAGUUCGUUUACGAAUGCGAUGUUUACUACGUGGUAUCAAACGCUGUGAAAUUUGUCGCAUGGAUGGUAAAAAUCCGAUUAAUCAUGCGACAUGUCGAGCUUCGAUACUACAUAAAGAUUUCUGGCUUGAAGCUUUGGAUGAACAGCAUCGGUAUGGAUUUCAUCUUCGAGCUUUUCAUAAAGCAUGGAAGCAUGAGAUGACUGAGAGAAUGGAUCGAUUGUCUAGUAGUCGAGAUAGUUCAUUUUUUCAUUGGCUUGAUUAUGGCAAUGGGAAGAAUGUUCAUGUACCAGAAUGUAGUCAACAGGAUUUACGAUCGACUUGUGUAGAAUAUUGCAAUGCUGAGCAACGUAAGCGGUAUGAAGUCAAGUUUGUCUCGUAUGAUAUGAACGAUGAAGUGAGAGUGGAAUAUGCAUUAUCAGGACAUGUAGUACAUACAGAUGAACAGAGUAAAUGGAUUUUUGUCUUGGAUUUAUCAGGUCAAAUGUACCUUGGUCGGAAACGCAAGGGACGAUUCCAUCAUUCUAGUUUUGUCACAGGUGGUCCAAUCUUUGCAGCAGGCAAGAUUAUCAUUAAACACGGUGUCAUUAUUGCGAUUGAGCCACAUAGUGGUCACUUUAAACCACGACUAGCCAACCUAUUGGCUCUUUGCUUCAUGCUGGCAAAACAUGGGAUUGAUAUCGAGAAUAUUGCAUUUAUUAAGCCCAAGAAGUGGACGUGUGCAUGGCCUUUUCCAUCACAACCAGGGCUUGAGCUUGAAGAUUUUGUCGGUACGUCUGACACAGACUACGGUGCUGACAAGUCGGACUCGGAAGAGUCGCAGUCACUGAUGGUAUCAGUAGAAUAA